GUGGCGGCUUUGGUGUCCAGAAAGUCGGCGACGCGGCUGAUGACAACAUUAGGCCGCGACGCGAUCCCGGCCGGGCGGCGGCUGUUAGGUUUGGCCGCGGCAGCAGCCGCAGCCGGUAGCGGGCAGGCGGAGGGAAGGCGGGGACCCGCCCUGACCCGUGGAGCGCGGGGCCGGAGUUCUCGCCCCGCUCCCGGGCCGAGCCGGCAGCGCCUCCGCGGCGGCUAGAACAGCGCCCUCCGUCUGGGCUCGCGCCCCAGCUGCCGCCAGCGACAGCGGCGGGGAGAAGUUAGGGGCUGACUAGACGCGUGCGGGCCGCGGGGGAGCCGGCUCCCGGCGUCCCGCCUCUCUGGGGGCUCCGCACCGGAUUUCCAGACUUACAGGAUGGCUAAAUGUUAAUGGAAAGAGAAGCAUAGACAUAUCUUCUUUCAUUAUGGAGGCAGGUUUGGCAGAUGGAGAACCUGACCGAACUUCGCUGUUGUAGCAAACAGUGACGAAUCUCAACUUCUGACACCAGGAAAGAUGAGUCAGCGCCAAGGGAAAGAAGCUUAUCCAACGCCAACCAAAGAUUUGCAUCAGCCAUCUUUUAUUCCAGCAAGUCCUCAUAGCCAGGGUUUUGAAAGAGGGAAGGAAGAUAUUUCUCAAAAUAAAGAUGAAUCUUCACUUUCUAUGUCGAAGAGCAAGUCUGAAUCUAAACUUUAUAAUGGCUCUGAGAAGGACAGUUCAGCUUCAAGCAAGCUCACAAAAAAAGAAUCUCUUAAGGUGCAAAAGAAAAAUUACCGAGAAGAAAAGAAAAGAGCCACAAAGGAGUUGCUCAGUACAAUUACAGAUCCUUCUGUUAUUGUUAUGGCUGAUUGGUUGAAGAUUCGUGGUACUCUAAAAAGCUGGACCAAGUUGUGGUGUGUGUUGAAACCCGGGGUGCUACUGAUCUAUAAGACCCAAAAAAAUGGUCAGUGGGUAGGAACAGUCCUUCUGAAUGCCUGUGAAAUCAUUGAGCGUCCAUCAAAAAAAGAUGGCUUUUGUUUCAAACUUUUCCAUCCUUUGGAGCAGUCUAUUUGGGCAGUAAAGGGUCCAAAAGGUGAAGCAGUUGGAUCCAUAACUCAACCCUUACCUAGCAGUUAUUUGAUCAUCCGAGCUACUUCAGAGUCAGAUGGAAGGUGCUGGAUGGAUGCUUUGGAGUUGGCUUUGAAAUGUUCUAGUCUUCUUAAACGUACAAUGAUCAGGGAAGGAAAGGAACAUGACCUCAGCAUUUCAUCAGAUAGUACACACGUGACUUUGUAUGGCUUAUUACGUGCUAACAAUCUCCACAGCGGUGACAACUUCCAGUUAAAUGAUGGUGAAAUUGAACGACAGCAUUUUAAGGACCAAGAUAUGUAUUCCGAUAAAUCUGAUAAAGAAAACGAUCAAGAACAUGAUGAGUCUGACAAUGAGGUAAUGGGGAAAAGUGAAGAGAGUGACACAGAUACUUCAGAAAGGCAAGAUGACUCAUAUAUUGAACCUGAGCCUGUUGAGCCUUUAAAGGAGACUACCUACACUGAACAGAGCCAUGAAGAACUUGGAGAGGCAGGAGAGGCUUCUCAAACAGAAACGGUGUCUGAAGAAAACAAAAGCCUUAUCUGGACAUUGCUGAAACAAGUCCGUCCUGGCAUGGACCUGUCCAGGGUGGUUCUGCCUACAUUUAUUUUGGAACCCCGUUCUUUCCUGGAUAAACUUUCAGAUUACUACUAUCAUGCAGAUUUCCUAUCUGAGGCUGCUCUUGAAGAAAAUCCUUAUUUCCGUUUGAAGAAAGUAGUGAAAUGGUAUUUGUCAGGAUUCUAUAAAAAGCCAAAGGGAUUGAAGAAACCUUAUAAUCCUAUACUUGGUGAGACGUUUCGUUGUUUAUGGAUUCAUCCCAGAACAAACAGCAAAACUUUUUAUAUUGCUGAACAGGUGUCCCAUCAUCCACCAAUAUCUGCCUUUUAUGUUAGUAAUCGAAAAGAUGGAUUUUGCCUUAGUGGUAGUAUCCUGGCUAAGUCCAAAUUCUAUGGAAACUCACUGUCUGCAAUAUUAGAGGGAGAAGCCCGGUUAACUUUCUUGAAUAGAGGCGAAGAUUAUGUAAUGACAAUGCCAUAUGCUCAUUGCAAAGGAAUUCUUUAUGGCACAAUGACUCUGGAGCUUGGUGGAACAGUCAAUAUAACAUGUCAAAAAACUGGAUACAGUGCAAUACUUGAAUUUAAACUAAAGCCAUUUCUAGGGAGUAGUGAUUGUGUUAAUCAAAUAUCAGGGAAACUUAAAUUGGGAAAAGAAGUCCUAGCUACUUUGGAAGGCCAUUGGGAUAGUGAAGUUUUUAUUAAUGACAAAAAGACUGACAAUUCAGAGGUUUUCUGGAAUCCAACACCUGACAUUAAGCAAUGGAGACUAAUAAGACACACUGUAAAAUUUGAAGAGCAGGAAGAUUUUGAAUCAGAGAAACUCUGGCAGCGGGUAACUCGAGCCAUAAAUGCCAAAGACCAAACAGAAGCUACUCAAGAGAAGUAUGUUUUGGAAGAAGCUCAAAGACAAGCUGCCAGAGAUAGGAAAACAAAAAAUGAAGAGUGGACUUGCAAGUUAUUUGAACUUGAUCUACUCACAGGAGAAUGGCAUUAUAAGUUUGCAGAUACCCGACCAUGGGACCCACUUAAUGAUAUGAUACAGUUUGAAAAAGAUGGUGUUAUCCAGACCAAAGUGAAACAUCGCACUCCAAUGGUUAGUGUCCCCAAAAUGAAACAUAAAACAACCAGGCAACAGACAAAAGCAGCAAAAGGCUAUUCCUCUCCAGAACCUGAUAUCCAGGAUUCAUCUGGAAGUGAAGCUCACUCAGUAAAACCCAGUACAAGAAGAAAGAAAGGGAUAGAGCUGGGAGACAUUCAAAGUUCCAUCGAAUCUAUAAAACAAACACAGGAAGAAAUUAAAAGAAAUAUUAUGACUCUUCGAAAUCAUUUAGUUUCAAGCACACCUGCCACGGAUUAUUUUCUGCAGCAAAAGGACUACUUCAUCAUUUUCCUCCUGAUUUUGCUUCAAGUCAUAAUAAACUUCAUGUUUAAGUAGAA